UCUUCCUUCUCAUUUCCUCACAUCUUCCUCUCUCUCCAAAAAAAUCAAAGCAAUCCAACAAAAGAAAAGAUCUCAUCAUUACAAGUUUCUUUUCUCCAUUAUAUUUACACACACACUUCUCCUCCCUUUUAAUCAUAUAGCCCACACCAAGAGAGGAAAACAUUAAAACCACCAAAAACUCCCUCAGAUUCAACAAAAUGGAUAUUGCUAGUAAUAACAAAGCAAUAAAGCUAAAAGUUAGGGACCAACUUCUUCAAUGCCACGAGAUGACCACUAAGGUUCAGCAACUCCUCUCUCAAGACGGGUCGGAUUUGGGUCCAGCGAAGGAUCUCGUGGAGAAAAUAUUGGGGUCUAUCAGUGACACAAUCUCUGCUCUUGAUUCCUUCGAACCCAUCUCCCCCUCUGAUCUCGUCACAGCCGCCGAAGGCUCUCAAAAUGCUUCCUGCGACAACGACGGCAAGCUUGAGGAUUCUGGCGAUAGUCAGAAAAGAUUGGGACCAGUUAAGGGUAAAAGAGGAUGCUACAAGAGAAAGAAGAAAUCAGAGACGUGGACUGUAGAGUCUACCGUACUUGAGGACACAUUUUCUUGGAGGAAAUAUGGACAAAAACAGAUUCUUAAUGCCAAAUUCCCAAGAAGUUACUUUAGGUGCACACACAAAUACACUCAAGGGUGCAAGGCAACAAAGCAAGUGCAGAAGCUAGAGUCUGAACCCAGGAUGUUCAGCAUCACAUACAUCGGAAAUCACACGUGUAAUACCAACGAAGUAACACCCAAAAUCAAGCCUUGUAUUCAUCAUGAUGAGAUCAUCACGGAUUCUGAAGAGAUCCAGAGUCCUAGUUUGAUGACCUCGAUGAAGGAAGAGGAAGAAAAUCACCAUCAUGGUUCGUCAACGGAGAGUGACUUGCAAUUGGUGUGGCAGGAAAUGUUGGUCUUUGCAGAGGAACACCAUCAUCAUCAUGAGGCUGUUUACGGUUGUGGGGAAACUAGUACAUCUAUCAAUGGUUUGGAUUCCGCGGAUCUGUGGAGUUGCCAGCAGUUUUCGGUUUAGCCACAAUGAGCAGCUCUCUUAUUUCAAACGAUGUUCGAAUCUAGCUUGAUUUUACAUUAUUAUAGAAUGGAAAAUCUAUAUUUUGUCAUCUUAUUUAGAGAAUUAAUCAUCAGGCUAGUAGAAUGGAACAUACAUAUAUAAUGUUAUCUUCUUAAAUGAGCCUAUUGUACAUAUGUUAGAAUAUUGUCAUGAUACUCUUGUUGGAUUAAGUAUAAAGUCUAUUCUCUUAUA